AUGCCACAACAACAUACCUCAAUCUCCCCAUUGGCCACUUUUCUAAUAGCAACUUUCUUUCUACUCUCACUCUUCCCCGGAACAUUCAUCCCCAUCCUCUGGGCACCUUAUAACUCGCUCGCCGCAUACUAUUUCCCCGCCGCAGCGCCCCGCAGCACCGUACUCUGCUCGAGCCCAAACAUCUGCACAGCACCGCUGACAAUGUCUUGGUACGUCUCCAAACAAUUCACCCUCCCCUCACGCAGCCGGGGCUCCUACCUAAUAACCGACACGAUUCUCAAGGAGCUGCCAGAAAUCAAAAAUUACAAAACUGGGCUGCUGCACCUGUUCAUCCAGCACACAUCGUGCGCGCUCUCUCUGAACGAGAACUGGGACGAAGAUGUGCGCGCCGACAUGAGCACGGCGCUGGACCGAAUCGUUCCGGAGGACAAGAAAGGGCAGGGGCUGUAUCUGCACGACGCAGAGGGCAGCGAUGAUAUGCCUGCGCACGUCAAGUCUGCGCUUGUUGGCGCGAGUGUUACUAUCCCUAUCACGAAUGGCAGGUUGAACACGGGCACGUGGCAGGGGAUCUGGUAUUUGGAGUUUAGGGAUAUGAAGCACUCGAGGAAGAUCGUUGCGACGAUCCAGGGUGAGAAGAACUGAAGUGAGAAUGGUCGCAAUGGAGAGGGGCGAAAUUCAGUCUGCAGGCUGCACCAAUACCAAGGUGAGGAGGACAGGCAUCAACGGCGUCACAUUGGAAUGUACACAAGUGUGUCAAAUUUAUUUAGUAUAGCAAGCAGCCGGCUGUACAGUCAAUUUCCAAACGCCAGUCGGAAGUCGUUCACGAGCCUCCGUCAAAGCGGUGC